AUGGAAUGGCUUGAUGCAAUCGUUGUUAUUGCUUCUUUUGCUGUCGAUAUAGUUACCAUAUAUAAAAAGAGCAUUUUUGCUGAAAUAUCUUUAUUGUUUAUCUCUCUUCGUUUGUGGCGCUUGACUCGAAUCAUCAAUAGUGUGGCUCAGACCAUUCGAUCAGAAGAUGAAACUAAAAAGAAGAAUUUGGCUACUAGUUAUAAUAAACUGAUCGAACUGCUCUUGAGUAUUUCAGAAAAAAAGAGCUUAGCUAUCUCUGACUUUAGUCGCAAGAUGGCACCAGAAAGUAACCAGAAUAUUAUUGGCGAGUUCGAAGCAAUCGAUCAAGCUUGUCAUAACAUUCUUCAGGAUUGCCAACAUACAUCGUCACUUACUGUUGUCACUGAGAUGGCACGCCGUUUACAAGAUGCCUUAGAAAAAUUCCAAUGGAAACCACAAGCCGAUAGUAAAUUAUCAGGCUCGAACAUUGACAAUUGA